UUGAAAAUCCAUUAUGAGUCUUUAGAGACCUGGCGGCUUGCAGUUGACAUCCUGCAUUGUAAUCCCAACUUUCAUGGCCAUCCUCGAUAUGACUACAUCAUCUUUCGUGGAAUUUUGGGGCCAGUCUUUGCCCGACUGCAUUAUUUACUCCUUUGUAAUGCCUGCGACAGCCAAUACCCGAUAGCACUUGUGCAAGCUUACAAGAUUGUUAAUACCCGGUCACGUAUAGACAAAGAUCUUGGACUUCUUCGCAUUCACAAGGCGCAUAACCUAGAAUUUAUUUCGGUACGGUCAAUUGUUUGGGGAGCAGUUGUACUACCAAUAUCAUCUGAAACUGAUGGGAUCCUCUGGAUGGAGACAUGUUUCUUCGAGUAA